CGACCAGCUACCGAUCUCCAGCUGCAAGUCUGCAAAGUUGGGACGCCCAAAAUUGUAAUAAAACCUCUCUACAUCGAACUGAUUCAGUUUCGGAAACCCCCAUAUCCCCAAACACAAAUCAAACCCUCUCUCUCUCUCUCUCUCUUUCUCUCUAAUUCUGCACCUUUCUCUCUCUAAAACUGCCCGGAGAUGGAGGGCCUAUGGCGAGCGGCGACGGGGCAAGACCCGAGCCCAGAGGACUACAACGGAGUGGAGUUCUGGUCGAACCCGGAACGAGCCGGGUGGUUAACGAAACAGGGCGACUACAUCAAGACCUGGAGACGCCGCUGGUUCAUCCUCAAACAGGGGAAGCUGCUCUGGUUCAAGGACCGCCACGUCAGCCGUGGCUCCAUUCCACGUGGCGUGAUCCCGGUGGGCACGUGCCUGACCGUCAAGGGCGCCGAGGAUGUGGUCCAUAAGCCCUGUGCCUUCGAGCUCUCCACUACUGGUCAAGAUACCAUGUACUUCAUCGCCGAUUCCGAGAAAGAGAAGGAGGAGUGGAUCAACUCCAUCGGACGCUCCAUCGUCCAGCAUUCGCGAUCCCUUGCCGAUUCCGAGGUCGUUGAUUAUGAUAAUCGAAGCUGAUCCAUCUUUUUGUUUUCUUCGUAUAUUUGCUUUCGUUUUACGGUACCAUAGUCCGAUUGUAUAAAUUGUUUCAAGAUAAUCUCUCUUUCUCUCUCUCACUUUUUUUUUUUUUUUUAAAUGUUUUUCAUGUAAUCAUUUCUCUUGAUUGUUAGUUAAAAAGUUUGCAGUCUUUGUUUUAAAUUUGCGGUCAAUUUGUGUUGA